CAACAACAAGAUGUCAACACAGUUGUUGUUGUUGCUGCUACAAUUACCUUAAUAUUAACUCUUCUAGCUGUUUAUCUUGCAUCAUCUGAAUUUAUGCACACUCCAGUACAACCAUCGACUUCAGUACCAGAACCUCUACCAUCCACCUCAUCCCAGUAGGGCCACAGCAUAACUGUUCACUCUCUUCACAAUCAUCCACAAACUCCAUUACACACAACUUAAGGAAAUAGUGGGUGCAGCACUUGUCAUCAUCUUACCAGCUUUGAAAGAUAACCAUCACUAGAGAAACUUCUGCACUGGUCAAGGUAGUGGGUGGACAUGUUACUCUGCUCUGAUUAUCAUUUACCAAGUGCUCAUCACAUCUUGGUUCAUUAAUCCCCUCCACCCCAUUGGAUGAACACCAGACACCAACUGCUUGCUUCUUCUCAGAAUAUAUUGUAUUGAGAGGUUGACUCGCGAGUCGUAGUUCGUCCGGGACGCGUACGCACGGCGUGAGCCAGGGCGGCAGCCAGUCUGGCAUUGUUUACCAGUGAACGAAGGUCCCCUCACGUGCUCCAGCGAAAUAUUUCAUAAUAUUCCAUUUAUUUUAGUGCUUGCAAGUACUAAAUAAGCUACCAUGGCUCCAGAGAAAGCUCCUAGUGCCAAGCCUGUGGUAAAGAAGCUGCUGGUAAAGCAUCAUGAACUGCUCUAGGCCCCAGAAGAACACAUUCCAUGUAGUUGUCAUUUCUCGGUGAAAUGUAUGGGAGUUGAUGUGAUCCUCUAGUCUACACUGUGUGACAGGCUGUGGGAACUUGUGAGGCGCCCAACUUUGGCAAUCACUGCUUACACAGAUGAUGCUUCACACUGGAAGAAAACACAAGAGUUGGCAGCUCUAAAUAACAGUGUCAGAAAGUAUAUCAGAACUUGUAUCAGCAUUGUACUUUAUAAAGUCCGCUAGUGUCAUCAGCAUCUCUUGCUUUUCUCAGUGUCCUCACUUGCACACUACAUUUAUAUCUGCUGUUUUUUCCUGAUGUAUUACAUUUAUAUUAUAAAAAAAUUUAUUAAGUAAAAUUCAUUAAGGUGUUAGUGGAACAUUGCAGCAUAAAAUAAAAAAUUUUUGGUUUUUGGAAUGGCCUGAGUAUUAGCACUUUGUAGAGUCUAUUUAAGUAGCUUGAGUGAUAAUAUGUAAUGGAUGAACAGUUUGCCAAGUCAGUGUCUUUUUUGACAAGAAAGGCAUCUUAAAUGAUCUGAAAACUUCUAUUUAAUAUUUUUACGAAGCUUAAUAUAUAUAUAUAUAUAUAUUCUGUAUAUAAAUAUAUACAAAUUAUUGUAAAGUCAAUAGUACUUUAAGUAACUUUUAUACAUAAAUUGUUUACCAGAAUACUGUUAGUGUAGGGAAAAGAAACCAUUUGUUUAUGUCUUGAGUAUUUAUGAUAAUUCAUCUUGUUGAUACAGAAUUCGUGCUUUGUUUCAUUCACAUUAUGAGUUCAUUUCUCUAUAUUUAUAGAGUACCAUUUCACAAAAAUAGUUUCUACUAUCUUAUAGAAUUGUAAACAGAAAAAAAUCUUGAAUACUUAGGAUUAAUCCUUAAAGAGAAAAUUAUCAGAAUUGAAAUUAUUUGGGAAACCUGUAAAAGUGGAUAUUAAAAAAAUCUUCAUUUUCCAUUAAAGAGAACUUGUUUUGGUGAUAACUGUCAAAAUAAGAAAAUAGUAUGGCUCAAGGGACCACUGACUCAAUGGACCAGUCUCAAACCAAGAGUCAUAUUAAUGUUAACAUCAGUGAAAAAACUGCUACAAUGCCAGAGAAAGUAGAUAAAGUAAAGAAACCUUACCCAUGUUCUGAGUGCUACAAAGAGUUUUCUUACAAAUCUGGUCUAUUAGCUCACAUGAGAACUCACACAGGAGAAAAACCAUAUCAAUGUUCACAGUGUCUAAGAAAAUUCUCCAAAAAUUCUACUCUUGUAACACAUAUGAGAACUCACACAGGAGAAAAACCAUUUCAUUGUUCAGAGUGUCUCAAGGACUUCACUGCAAAAUCUGGUCUAGCAUAUCACAUGAAUACUGUUCACACAUUGGAGAAGCCAUAUCAGUGUUUGGAAUGUCUGAAAGACUUUAAAGACAAAUAUAAUCUAUCAACACACAUGAGGACCCACACUGGGGAGAAACCUUAUCAGUGUUCUACAUGUCUAAAAAAAUUUUCUUCAAAAUCUGGUCUAGUAUAUCAUAUGAACAUUCACACAGGAGAGAAACCAUUUGAAUGUUCAGAAUGUCUAAAAGGCUUUUCAGACAAAUCUUCUCUAAUGAUUCAUAUGAGAACUCACACAGGAGAGAAACCAUUUCAGUGCUCAAAGUGUGUAAAAGUCUUUUCAAAAAACUCUAAUCUGGUAACUCACAUGAGAAUUCACACUGGGGAAAAACCAUUUCAAUGCUCAGAGUGUCAAAAAGUAUUUUCGCAAAAAUCUAAUCUAUUGACACACAUGAGAAGUCACACAGGUGAGAAACGAUAUAAGUGUUUAGAGUGUCGAAAAGGCUUUUCAAAAAAUUCUUCUCUAGUUAUACACAUGAGAGUUCACACAGGAAAGAAACCAUAUCAGUGUUCAGAAUGUCUGAAAGACUUUUAUGAUAAGUCUACUUUAGUAACACAUAUGCGAACGCACACAGGUGAGAAACCUUACCAGUGUUCAGAGUGUUCAAAAGACUUUUUUACUAAGCCUGGUCUGUUAUAUCACAUGAACACUCACACUGAAGGAAAGGUAUUUCAGUGUUCUGUAUGUAAAAAAGCUUUUACGUCAAAAUCUGGUCUAGUAUAUCACAUGACCACUCAUGCUAAAGAAAAGCCAUACCAGUGUUUAGUGUGUUUAAAACACUUUACUUCAAAAUCUUAUCUUGCCUUACAUAGUAAAAAACAUACAGAAGAGAAUCCAUAAGAAUGAAGUAUGCAGAAGAUUUUCACUCAAAAAUAAUUUUUGAUGGCACAAACUCAUUGGAGAGAAGUGAUGUUAGUGGUUAGUGUCUUUUAACGUUUCUGACAAAUUCUUUAAUUAUGUGGCCUGGUCAUGUACUGGGCCUUGGAGGCACUGACCUCCGAAACACCCUCCAGGCAGACUCCAAAGUAGAACUAGAGCAUAAAUGACACCCUUGGUUCUGAAUCAUAGUUUUGUAGUGUUGAUGUAUUUGUAUAAGUGUGAAAAAUAGUCGUUGAAUGUUACAGGAGGGAGCAUAGUGUAGUCAUUUGAAAUGUCACAUCUGGGAUCAAUGUGUAGUUUUAAUAUUUUGCAGAGUAUAAAAAAGAACUUAGAAGAUAUUGUGAUUGUAAAAAUGGUAUAGUACAAAGAGCUCUUGCUUUUAUUGUAUGCCGCUGAGAAAUUCUCUGUCUCUGGUCUUGGACUAUGGUGAAUUUGAUGAUCUGUUGAGUGGUGCUGUUGACCUAUAUUCUAGCACCAGCUGUGACACUUCUUGUAAAUUAUAUUACAGUGUUGCCUAUACCAUUUCUCCCACAAACCUCUUCAAAGGAGACUCAUUGGUGUGGUGAAGAGGCUCUUGGUCUGAGGAAUUAGACCUUUUGGUCUGCUUCUUCAGACGAACCUAAUUACCCCCCAAUCCCCCCUACCCUAUCCUAUCCUCCCCAUCUUCCCUUUUUCCCUUUCCUCCUCCUCCUCUCCAUCCCUUCCCUAUUCCUCUCCUCUUUUCAGCCUUUGGGAUUCUUCCCACAGGCAAUCUAGUUCCAAGGUAGGGAGAAGGGUACCGUGGUCCAUCCCAUUCCAUUGAGGUGUAGUUUGCCAUGGAAUCUGAUCACCUGGGGAUGUCCCGAUCCCUCUCCUGUCUCCCGGGUAGUGGCUUCAGGUGUCUGUCAGGUGACGGGUGUAUCUCUGGAGGCUGCUUGUCGGAUUCCAGGGGGUGGUGGCCAAAGGAGGUAUGUUUUGCGGUGGGUGUCCGGCCGCCCUCUCUUUUGUCCACUGAGGUGGCUCAGUGGAUGUGAGGUUGCUAUCCUGAAUUGCUGGUUUUCUGGCAUGAAGGGUAGGGUAUGGCAUGGGUUCCAUGCCGCAUUUGCAUUACUUGCAGUGCUGAGGUCCUCUUGGGCAUGGAGGGGGAUUUACAGCCCUUUUUUGCCUCCUGGGAACUAUUCCUCCAUGUUUCCCCUCCGCUUUUUUUUUCUAUAAAGCAAACAGAAAGAAGUGAUCUAACCAUGGAGUCCCCAAUCUAUGAACUUGCUCCCCCUGGGCCCCUUCUUGAUACCGCACCCCAUUCUGACCCUGCCUCAUUUUUUGACCACUCUUCGAACACUUCUAAUGCUUCUAUACCUCUUGCUGGUGCUGUUUCAUCACCCGCUUUAGGUAACGGGGUUUCGACUGACUCCUUCGAUACUUCUGACCUCUGCUUCCGGCCUCUCCCUCUAUGGUAUGGCAGUUUCCGAAUCACCAACCUGUCCCAUGUCAGACCAACUUCAGUCCCACUCCUAAACGCCCAUGACAGUUGCCUGAUGAUACUUCUUUGCUUCCUUCUCGUUCUACUCAGACAAGACCGGCAUGUCACACACUCCCUUUCCACGCUCAGUUUCGGAAUGCACAGUGGACUAAAUUCUUUACUUUACGACCAACUUCCUCUACUGCCUAUCUUUCUGACCAUAGUAUUGGCAAGGCACUCCUAUGCCAUGUUGGUAGAGAUGUAUCCUUUCAUGCUCUCAAGAGGAGUACAUGCAUCAUCACUGUCCAGAAUGAUAACCAAGCUCAUGACCUUUCACUUCUAGAACAGCUGGAACUCCAAGACCUCCCAAUUCUCAAAGUAGACACUUAUGUCUUCCCUGCCUGUGGGCGGAGACAAUACAGUUGAAAUGUAGCUCGAUGAACUUUCAACUACCGUGAACUCCCAUCCUCUGUUUAUAUAGUGGGACAUCAUUUACAAGUUCAAAAGAUGAUCCCUACACUGCAACAGGGUAGAAAUUGCUGGCGCUUUGGUCAUCCAGCGAAAUGUUGCAGGUCUAUAGUCGAAUACCCAGUCUGUGGUGCCGAUGACCAUUCCAAUACGUUUUGUAGUCUACCUCUCUCUUGCUUUAAUUGUCAUGAGGCUCACCCAUCUUACUCUUGCCAUUGCCAAGCUUACUUAAAUGAGCGAGAAAUCCUAUGGCAGUUUCUCAUCUACACCUCCAAGGGAGACUACCCCGUAUUUCUGAUUCUCAUGUUUCUAAACGUCCCCCCACCUCUGGGGUCCCAUCUUCUGCAGCCUCUGUGGUUACCCCUUCCAUAGUCACUCCUGUCUCUAAUUCUUUUACUGUCCUGGACUCAGAAGUCCCUACCUCAACACCUCAGUCUGUUCUCACUUCUUCAUGUUCUCCCUCACAAGUUCCGGUAUUGACAAGACCUUGUACCACACCUCCUCCCUAUUACCCCUCUACUUCUCAGAAGCCCAAAACAUCCCCAUUGCUCAAAUCUCCUUUAUCCCUUUGACUGUUUUGGUUGUAUAUAUACAUCUUAUGAGCCACCGUUUUUGACGUAUAUAUACUCAUAAAUUCUAGCUGCUUCACAUCAAGCAGGAGAAAGCUGGUAUGCUCACAUGUGAAAGAAUGGGUCUGUGUGGUCAGUGUGCACCAUAUAAAAAAAUCCUGCAGCAUGCAGUGCAUAAUGAGAAAAAAAACUCCGACCAUUUUUUUAAUUAAAAUGCUGACUUUGUGGUCUAUUUUCAAAUAGUAUUUAUGGUUGUUUUCUUGUUUAUAGUAUUUAUGGUUGUUUUCUUGUUUAUAGUAUUUAUGGUUUUCUUGUUUUAUGGUUGUUUUCUUGUUUUAUGGUCGUUUUCUUGGUCUCAUUUGAUAGAAUGGAAAACAUAUUAUAGAAAUAGAGGUGAUUUUGAUUGGUUUUACUAUUAAAAGAACCUUGAAAUGGAGCUCAAAGUAGGGGAAAUGUUUGAGAUUGCCAUUGUUCAAAAGUAAAAAAAAUGAUGUCAUUUUCCAAUAAAUGUCCAACUAGCCAUUCUGAUAUGCAGUCAUGAAUGGGUUGACGUUAUUUAUACAAUUAUUACAAUAUUGCAGUAGUCUGCAUAACUGUAUUUUUUGUUUGAAUAAAAAUUCAAAAUAGAAAGCAAGAGUAAUAUCAGAGGGGCCUGGAGAUGUGACUGAUUAACAAAGAAAAUGUUCUUUUAGAGCCAGGAAUGUCUGAAUUGUUCAUUCUGGACCCUAUUUUGAAAUUGUCAUAUUUUUUAAUUUUCGUGAAAUUGGCCAAAUUGCAAAUUUCUGACCAUGUUAUUGGGUAGUUGAAAUCAGUAAAUGGGCAGUUCCUUGUACUCAAUCAAUAGAAUAAAAUGAAGUUCUAAAGAAAUAGCUAUGAGUUUGGCCGACUGGAACAAUGGAAUUAGCCGAAAAUAGGGCUCAAUGUGGGCAAAAUCGCCGUUUCAUAAAUAUCACUGAGGUCACUAACUUUGUGAGAGCAUAAUUCCAUCAGUUUUCCAUCAAAUUUUGUUCUUUUGGUGUCAUUACAAUCGAGAAAAGAUUCUCGAUCAUUUCAUAAGAAAAAAUUUUUUUUUUUUUUAAAUUUUGCGACACCAGGAGACACCUCAGGAUUUGGGUUGCAACAGUCAAGGGGUUAACCCAUCCUUUCCUUCUUCUACCUCCACAUUUUACCUUUCAAGUCUUUGUACCUGGUUCUUCACCUCUCACUGGCUUUGUUACAAGUGUGGAGGUUCACCCUCUUUGUACUGUACCUUCCUCCCCUGUCCCCUCCCAAGUUUCUUCCUCUUCUUCCCCCUCCCAGGUUAUUUCCUCUUCUGUCCCUUCCCACCCAUCUUCUCCAGUUCCCUUUACAGUCCAUUGUUGUCCCAAUCUUUACUCACACUGCUCCUUCCAUCUCCAAUAUUGUCUCCCAUACAACUUCUUUGUCUUCCGAAAUACUUGAAACUAUCUCAGAAUAUACUGAACAGACUAGACCAUCAAUGGACAUUGAUCCACCUCCUGUUCCUCCUUUUCCCUCUCCUCCAUCUGCACAACUCCUGUCUUCACAGUGUCCCAUUCCUUCGCUGCUUGAAUGUUUUCCGCUGCCACCAUGUGUGGACUUUUUUAACCCCUCUAUUCUAUAGAUACCCUUUCUCGCAAAUUUCUUGUAUUUUUCUCGUUACCAAUCAUGGCCUAUUUACAGUGGAAUAUCUGCAGCCUCAGAGGUAAUCGGGGUGAGCUUCAGAUGUUGCUCUCCUGGUUUUCCCCUGUAGAUGAAUGGUUCAAAGAACUGACACGAUAAAUUAGACACAUAUGCAACUCUUGGGUAUCUUUAUUGAGGAAACAUUUCGCCACACAGUGGCUUUAUCAGUGGUUUUCCCCUGUUGGUGUUUGCUUAUAAGAUCCAAAAUUGCACUCCGCUGUUAUCCAUCCCA